CCUGGUUAUUGCAAAUUAAAAUUAAUUGUCUUCUUUAACUCAAAUAUAAAAGGUAUUGGCUUUUCCCCUCUUUCUUUUUCUCUGUACACUUCAUUCCUUGCUCAUUAGCAAUCUCAUUCAUUCAAUUGACCAACUAAAAAAAAGAACAACAACAACAGCAAAAACUUUUAGCAAACAAAACUCAGCAUGUCUGUUCCCAACUUUUUCGCUUUGACCGCCAAAGACAAGAAGCAUCAAGAGGUUUCCAUGAAGGAUUUUGAAGGCAAGGUCGUCCUUGUCGUCAAUGUUGCCUCCAAGUGUGGUUUCACUAGACAGUACGCUGCUCUUGAGGAACUUUACAAGAAAUACAAGGACCAGGGCUUUGUCGUCAUUGGCUUCCCUUGCAACCAGUUCGGUGGUCAGGAACCCGGUACAAACGAAGAGAUUGAAAGUUUCUGUCAGCUCAACUUUGGUGUAUCAUUCCCUUUGAUGGAUAAGGUCGAUGUCAAUGGAGAUAAUGAAGACCCCGUGUAUACUUACUUGAAGUCUCAGAAGAAGAGCUUGAUGAUGAGCCGUAUCAAAUGGAACUUUGAGAAAUUCUUGAUUGCUAAGGACGGAACUGUUUAUGAGCGUUAUGCCUCGACAACUGAUCCAAAGUCACUUGCCAAGGAUAUUGAGAAGCUGCUUGCUGCUUAAAAAAAAAAAUUGAUAAUGGAAAACAAAAUAUAUUCAAUCUGUAAAUAAAAAAAACUUCGUUAAUUACGCCAGAAGCGAAUUGAAAUCAGGUCCCUUCUUUUUUCUUCUUCAGC